UAUCUAGGGACAGGAUUAACCGAGCAACAGGAAACCAAGAGGAAGUACUUCCUGUGAUGUCAGUGAGGGUGGCCCCUGUGACCCCUGCUGGCCCAGCCCCCUCCCAGCCCCAGCCCCGCCCCCCACCACUAAUCGCUCUGCAGGAUAUGGAGGGGGAGACAGGGGAGAUGGGGGAGGCACACAGGUGUACAAGGAGGCCCGGUGUGCAGGUUCCCUUCAACAUGAACAACAGCAACAACAACGAGGAAGAGGAGGAGAAGAAGAGGAAGAAGAAGAAGAAGAAGGAGAGGAAAGAACAAAAGGAAGAGAAGAAAGAGGAGAAGAAGAAGGAGAAGGAGGAGAAGGAGAAGAAGGAGAAGGAGGAGAAGGAGAAGAAGGAGAAAGAGGAGAAGGCCAAAGCUGAAGCGCCUAAAGAGAUCACGGUGAUAGACCCAGCAGGUAACAUGUAUUAUAACUGGCUAAUGGUCAUCACCAUACCUGUUAUGUACAACUGGACCCUCAUCAUAGCCAGGGCGAGUUUUGAGGACCUCCAGUCAGACUUUCUGAUCUACUGGUUUAUCAUUGACUAUGUCUCUGAUGUCGUCUACGUGGCGGAUAUGGUGUUUAGGACCAGAACAGGUUACCUGGAACAGGGUCUGUUGGUAAAGGAUCAGAAGAAGCUGAGAGACCGCUACAUAAACAGCCUCCAGUUUAAACUUGACCUGAUCUCCAUGAUCCCUACUGACGUCUUCUAUUUUUACUUUGGACUCAACUACCCCGAGAUUCGACUCAACAAGCUGUUCAGAAUCAACAGGAUGUUGGAGUUCUUCCAGAGGACAGAGACUCGUACCAACUUCCCCAACGUUCUGCGUAUCUCCAACCUUGUCAUGUACAUCGUCAUCAUCAUACACUGGAACGCAUGUCUCUACUACUCCUUCUCCAAGGCGAUUGGUUUCGGAGCUAAUAAGUUUGUCUACCCCGACACGACUGACCCUGAGUUUGGCCGUUUGGUCCGGAAGUAUGCCUACAGCAUGUAUUGGUCGACCCUGACUCUCACAACCAUCGGAGAGACUCCGCCCCCUGUACAGAACUCGGAGUACUUCUUCGUCGUCACAGACUUCCUGGUUGGCGUGUUGAUCUUUGCUACCAUCGUAGGUAACGUAGGUUCCAUGAUCACCAACAUGAACGCUGCCAGGGCAAACUUCCAGGCCAGGAUAGAUGCCAUCAAACAGUACAUGACUUUCAGAAAGGUCACCAAGGACCUGGAGAAGAGGGUGAUCAAGUGGUUUGACUACCUGUGGACCAAUAAGAAGGCAGUAGACGAGCGGGAGGUGCUAAAGUUCCUUCCUGAUAAACUCAGGGCUGAGAUCGCCAUCAACGUACACCUGGACACACUGAAGAAGGUGCGUAUCUUUGCCGACUGCGAGGCUGGCCUCCUGGUAGAGUUGGUGUUGAAGCUCCAGCCCCAGGUUUACAGUCCAGGUGAUUACAUCUGCAAGAAGGGAGACAUCGGACGAGAGAUGUACAUCAUCAAGGAAGGGAAGCUGGCUGUCGUCGCCGACGACGGGAUCAAACAGUUCGUUGUCCUUAGCGACGGGAGCUACUUCGGGGAGAUCAGUAUUCUGGCCAUAAAGGGUUCUAGGGCAGGGAACAGGAGGACCGCUAACAUCAGGAGUGUGGGGUACUCUGACCUGUUCUGCCUUUCUAAAGAUGACCUCAUGGAGGCCCUGUCGGAGUACCCUGAUGCUAAAGCCAUGUUGGAGGAGAAGGGACGGCAGAUCCUGAUGAAGGACAACCUGCUGGACCUGGAGGUGGCGGCGCAGGGCCCGGACCCCAAGGAUAUGGAGGAGAAGGUGGAGAAGAUGACAGCAACGCUGGACGGCCUCCAGACUCAAUACGCCCGGCUCCUCGCCGAACACGAGGCGGGCCAGAGCAGACUGAAACGCAGAAUCACCAGACUGGAGAAGAAGGUGGUGGUUCCGGCCCAGGAGGUCCAGGAGGUCCAGGAGAUAGGGGUGGAGAUGGGUUCUGUGGCAACCACAGAAGAGAAGAAAUAGUCCCAUUGAUCUGUGAGGUUGAGGCAGAAUCUGAACAAACUUUCUGUUCUGUUCGUUUCUGCUAUAAGAAGAACAUUAUGUCUUUGAAGGUUUUACUUGCAACGACUGUGAUUGUGUGGUUGUCUAUCCUACCUAAUGUAGUUGAAUGCACUGACUGGAAGUCACUCUGAAUAAGAGUGUUUUACUAAAUGACCAAAAUGUAAUGAUGUAAAAGCAAGCAGAGCAACGUGGGUUGGGAAAGGGACACUAGCAACACCAGGUGGUGUCAAUGGCAUUAAAGGGACACUAGCAACACCAGGUGGUGUCAAUAGCAUUAAAGGGACACUAGCAACAACAGGUGGUGUCAAUAGCAUUAAAGGGACACUAGCAACACCAGGUGGUGUCAAUGGCAUUAAAGGGACACUAGCAACACCAGGUGGUGUCAAUAGCAUUAAAGGGACACUAGCAACACCAGGUGGUGUCAAUGGCAUUAAAGGGACACUAGCAACACCAGGUGGUGUCAAUGGCAUUCAGGUGGUGUAGAGGAAUUGAGUUACAUUAAGAGUUGACUGACCUCUCAGUAACUUGGUUGUUCCACAGGUGACCAAAAGAGCCAUAGGAAAAAACAGCAUAAUCUACUUUACAGACAGAGUCGUUUCUGAAUAGUUACAAAGAGAAUGUCAGAUCAAAAAUAACAUUUUGUUCUUGUUGUCUUAUUCUGUCCACCAAAUAUUCACCACCAAACAUUUGUCAUUUUUUCACUAAAUAUCCACUAAAUAACAUUUUAAAAGCCAAAAAAAUAAGAUUGAGUUAUUUCUUAUUUAUAAAGUUAUUUAUUUUCUAUUAAAAUAUGCUCACCAUUGAAUAAAGUAUCCAAGAUCUGUAGGUGAUAUUUGAUGUAACAUGCUACUUCAUUGACAUGUGAUAUUUGAUUUAAUAUUAUUAAUAAUAACAAUACUUAAUUGGUUUACUUUAUUUUGCUGUGCAGUAGAAUUGAAAUAAUUUACAAAUUAUCCACAACAUACAGUCAGUCUGCAAAAUAUUUUUUUAUAUAAAAACAAUAAGUUAUUACAGUAUUUGAAGUGUCAAAAUACUUCUUGAAUAUCUUUAAUCAAUCAAUCAACCAAUCAACGGAUCAAUGGAUAUGUGAAUUGGUGGUUUGGUUGGAUCAUUGUGUUGGAUAAUAAAAGCUAGUUAAUAUAAAGUAUUGUUACUGUAGUGAUGAACGAUGGAAGUAUAAAGUUGAAGCACUGCCAUGCAAUAAACAAAAUAAAGACAUUUU